AUGGAUCUCUCAACGACUUUCAGCCUAUAUGACGAUCAAUUCUUCCGCGAUAUGGACGAUUUUGUCGACUAUUUUCUAGCUGAGAGCAAAAGAAAGGACAAGGUCCCUGCGAAGUCAUCGAAGAGACAUCAGUGUCGACGUGUUCGGUUUCAGAUACCGCCCGCCUAUCUACCUGACGGCGCUUGCAAGUGUGAUGUGUUGUUUGAUUGCAAAGAUCGGGACUGA